AUGUCCUUUGUUAAGCUUUCAAUCUUCGGGACUUCCUUUGAGGUUACUACCCGUUAUGUCGACUUGCAGCCCGUUGGAAUGGGUGCAUUUGGGCUGGUCUGUUCUGCCAAGGAUCAGCUUACAGGGUCAUCCGUGGCGAUAAAAAAGAUAAUGAAGCCGUUCAGUACGCCCGUGUUGAGCAAGAGGACCUAUCGAGAAUUGAAACUCUUAAAGCACAUCCAGCACGAGAACAUCAUCAGCCUGAGCGAUGUUUUCAUUUCUCCCCUUGAAGAUUUAUAUUUCGUGACGGAGCUUUUAGGCACCGAUCUUCAUCGACUACUAACCUCACGGCCCUUGGAGAAGCAGUUUAUCCAAUAUUUCCUGUACCAGAUUCUCCGUGGCCUUAAGUACGUGCAUUCUGCCGGUGUGGUCCAUCGAGACCUCAAACCAAGUAAUAUCCUCGUGAACGAGAACUGUGACCUCAAGGCAUUUAUCUCACGGCUUCUACCAAUUCAAGACCCUCAAAUGACGGGCUACGUGUCUACUCGGUACUAUCGGGCUCCUGAGAUAAUGUUGACUUGGCAAAAGUACGACGUUGCGGUCGACAUCUGGAGUACAGGGUGUAUUUUUGCAGAGAUGCUGGAAGGAAAGCCGCUGUUCCCGGGGAAGGAUCACGUGAACCAAUUCUCGAUUAUCACAGAGCUUCUUGGGACCCCUCCCGAUGAUGUCAUUGAAACUAUCGCCAGUGAAAACACACUGCGAUUUGUACAGAGCCUACCCAAGCGAGAACGAGUACCCUUCAGCUCGAAGCUCAGAACGACAGAUCCAGAUGCUAUUGACCUUCUCGAAAAAAUGCUUGUCUUCGACCCGCGAAAACGGAUAGACGCGACUGAGUCGUUGGCUCACGAAUACGUCGCGCCUUACCAUGACCCUAGUGAUGAGCCCGUAGCAGCAGACAAGUUCGACUGGAGUUUCAAUGACGCCGACCUACCAGUUGAUACAUGGAAAGUCAUGAUGUACGCUGAAAUUUUAGAUUUCCAUCAAGUCCCGGACUCCGGCCCUUCAGGUGUACCGGAAGGCGCGUUAGCAGGACCAGACGUUCCGAUACCAACAGGGGAGGCUUCUACCGCAACGGAUUAA